CAAUUAUGAAUGCGUUCGCCCACUUGGAUCUCUUUGAUGGCAUACCAGCCAAAUGCCCCGUGAAGGGCUGCUACCUGAAGAUGACGCCCCAGGAGAUGCUGGCACAUGUGCUGAUGCAUCAUCGGCCCGAGGACUCGAUGAUGGAGAUUGGCGCUGACUGGCACACGGUGUACGACCUGGACCUGACCCAGCUGGCGCCUGGCUGCAAUCACGUGGUGGGCGUCAUUGCAUAUACCGGCUCCAACAGAGUGAGCUGCAGCCGUCCCAUCGGACCGGAGCUGCAGCUCGUGAAUCAUCUGCCCAUGUUGCUAAUGAUGUACAUCAGCCCGCCGGCACCCGAUCUGGAGCAGAUGUACGUGCUCUACAUGAUAAGUCCGGUGUCCUCGCGCCGGGUGAGUGCCCAUGUCAGCCUGCUGAAUGGGCCGGCGGGCCGCGAGGUGAGGGGCGUGCGCUGCCUGCGCAACUUCUUGGAUCCCCCGCUGCUGGACAGCGAGGAGCUGCUCCACAGCAACAUGGACUACCUGAUCUACACGGCAACGGACGUCUGGGAGCACUGCACCACCGGCAAUCGCUGCAACCUCCAGUUCAAGGUGGUGAUGCAGGGUGAGCUGAAUCUGUUUGAGGCGCAGGGGAAUCGCCAAAGCGUCCAAUGACUCAUCGUCGUCGGAUGCCAAACAGCUGGUCCACAGCUCCCCCCUUUCCCGCAAAAAAACAAAAACAAACCAAAAACUAUCGAGUCCAUUGACGCACUCUUGUGGUCCUGAGUGCCUGUCAAUAAUGCUUUGCUCUUGUUGUUGUUAUUGAAUGAAACGUUGCUCAGCUGUCAGAAAUUGGUUUCAACUUAUUCAUUCAAUAAUUUCUUGGCUCGCCGAAAAGUGGGUCACACCCGAAUGCGCCCAGCCAGACACCAGAUAGAUACCAAACACUUACAACAACAACAGAUCUCUGGACAGCCGGCUCAGCAAUCAAUCAACAAGGGCUACCUAAUUGAAUAGCCAUCGAUAC